UAGGGUUGCUCCCACUGAGCGCCACGGCGUCGCAUAUUCCUUCCCGGCUCACCUAUACACAGUCGCACCUCUGCUGCCGUGGCCCCCAUGUGGCCCCUCCCUUACCGGACUGGACCGAUAAAUGGGUUAACCCUGUCACCGGGAGUAGCCGAGAUAAAUGCACCGGGAGCGUCGGGAGAUCCCUUUCCAUCCCUCCGCUGUUUCACCGAUCAGCGCUCAAAGCUUUCACCGGGCAUCCUCCGGUGUUGACUCGACAGAGUAGAUUGAAUUUUAAUCGUGAUUUAUUAUUUUUUAUAAGAGGCGAACGGCAACAGCAGCAGCAGCAGCAGCAGCUUCGGUUGUUAGACCCAGACCCGUGGGCGGCUGGGUGGCGUCCGUCUGGGCGAGCUGAUAGGACGAAGAUUUGGCACUCUACCUACCAACUGCUUCAUCCCAAAUUUUCAAGAUAUGGCGAUGAGAAGUGAGAUGUAGAAAACGGAUGGGAGGCCAUUCAUGUGGGUCUGGGCUUCAGCUACAGCGGACAAAAUCUCCCAGCACCACCACCACCAUCAUCCUCCUCCUCUUCCUCCUCCUCACCUAACCAGUUGAUUUUUUUGAAUAACUAUCUAAAAAGUGUGGAGCUCAUGACACACUGGUGAAUCCCCGAGGCAGGUCCCACACACAGACUGAAUGAGUCCAUCUUUGGCUGUCGGACGGACUCCUCAAGAGCACAGGACGGAUGCAAACAGACUAAACACAUCUUGGCAAUUCAAAAGACCCUCAGCAUCUCCGCCAACGGUGUUGUAACCGAGCGGGGGGAAUCUCACACCGGGGGACCAGUCGUUUCACAGGCAGGGAGAAGAUGCCAUUCCACCAUGUGCGGGCGGGCCUGCUCUAUCCAGACAACUAUCUGAGCAGCUCCCUGACGGAAGGCAGCGAAGCCUUCCAGCUCACCAGCAUCUCCACAGAGGAGCUGGGAGAGAUCCGUGAGGCGUUUCGUGUUUUGGAUCGUGAUGGGAAUGGUUUCAUCUCCAAACAGGAGCUGGGCAUGGCCAUGCGCUCCCUGGGUUACAUGCCCAGCGAAGUGGAGCUGGCCAUCAUCAUGCAGAGACUGGACAUGGAUGGGGACGGCCAGGUGGACUUUGAAGAGUUCAUGACGAUACUGGGGCCCAAACUGCUGUCAUCCGACAACCGAGAAGGAUUCCUGGGCAACACCAUCGACAACAUCUUCUGGCAGUUUGACAUGCAGCAGCUGUCUCUGGAUGAGCUGAAGCAGGUGCUGUUCCACGCCUUCCGGGACCACCUGACAAUGAAGGACAUAGAGAACAUCAUCAUCACCGAGGAGGAGAGCCUCAAUGAAACCUCAGGGAACUGCCCUGAGUAUGAGGGAGUUCAUCCCAAGAAGAAGAAUCGGCAGACGUGUGUAAGGAAAAGCCUGAUCUGCGCUUUCGCUAUGGCUUUCAUCAUCAGUGUCAUGCUCAUUGCAGCCAAUCAGAUGCUGCGGAACGGCAUGGAGUAACCAAUUGCACUGUGAGCAUGGGGAGUGGACAGAACAGCCAUGACCUCACAUCUUGUCUUUGCAGCCAAAGCAGGACCAGCCACAACCCGAGCACUUCUCUAAACAAUCAGUUGAGUUUUUUGAGUUUAAUUUGAACUUACCUUAUAGAAGCAGACAAUGUGAAUGAAAUGAAGACAGAUAUAUUUGUUUUGCAUUGAAGAUGUCACCAUGUAGAGUUACUGGACUUACCCGUCACAAGGAACCUGAACUGGAAAAAAAAAAAAAGUUUUUAUAUGAACCGGGAGAAUAAACGGAGGGUUUUAUUUUGCUGUUUUCAAGACCGAGACCACCCUUUAAACUUGAUUUUCUAAUUACCGAAAAUGUUUAUCAGGUGCUUUAAGCCAUUCCUAAUUUAAAAAGCAAACAAUUGUUAUUAUGGACAAUUGCAUAUUUACCCUAGAGAAGUAGCGUUGAAUGUGAAUGAAUGUGGGCACUGAAUGUUGGGCACAGUAGAUGCAUAGUAAAUCUGUCACAUCUCAUAUAGUCAUGUGGAAACAUCACACUAUAUGUAAAACAUCAAAACCCUUGACUCAGUCCACUAAUCUUGGGGCACAUGAAGUCUUUAUGUGUAUCUACAAGGAGCACAACUCAAUACUCAGUGAGGGACCAGUAAAGAAUCUUCACUGUCCCGUUAUCUCUACUAUGAAGUCUUAGCAUUGAUUGAUUGAUAGAUUGAUUGACUGGUCACUUAAUAUUUGUGUGGAUGUGUUGAAGACAGUGGAUAAUGUGAGCUCAGGCUGUCAGAGAGAUUUAAAAUGCAUGAAGAAGGAGAUUUUAAAUCAAAUAAUAGUGGAGUGAUGGUAUGGGUUAACAGUAGGACCAGUCUGAGAUAAAUUAUAAUAUUUUUAGUAAUGUGUUUGUAGAAAAUAUUUCACCUCAGCAUCUCAUUGUAAUACUGCCCAACUGUGGUUAAUAUAAACCACGCAAAAAGCAUGCCAGUAUAUACACUGCCAUAUCAAACAUUAACUCUAACUCCCAUGAAUUUCUCUGUGUAUAUAUAGUGCUACUUAUCUUGUGUAAUGUAUUAUUCUUUGCAACAGCAGAAUGUACGAAGGGUAGAAACUAGUGAGACAAAUCAGGGAUAUACAGCAGAGCUGUGACAUGCUGUUGGUACAGCUGUUUUCUUGGAAAAGGUUGCAGUCUAGUGGUUAAAAUGAGAACUGCAGCUAAAAGCUUAAACAGCCAUGUUUACAAAGUGUUCAGAAGGGAAGAACAACACCAGAGAAUUUGAGCUUUGAUAUGUUUUGUGUCAGUGUCGCAAGGGCAGUUUGGUCUGUGUUGGUGAACAUUCACUAUUUUUAAUGGCAAAAGCAAGAAUAUUUUUCAGCCCAAACCCAAACUGUGUUGUUGCACCAGAGUACAGCUCAGGAUUGAGAAACUGAAGGUGACUGCUGCAGUACCUGUCGUGUCUGUGGUCAUUGCUAUGUUUUAUGGUCUAGACCUGAUAGCACUACAAUUUUAUAAAGCUUACUGGGGGGAAAAGUUUGGGAAAGACCUUGUAGGAGUUUACAAUCACUUCCCUCUGUUUAUAAUAGAGCCCCCUCGAGGUUGAACAUCACAGUGACAACACAGAUUAAAUUUGAGGAUGUUCUUUAUGUGGGUGUAGAGCUGGGCGAUAAAGAAAUGUCAUUAUUUAUCUACGUUAUCAUGUGUCCAUCUUCUGCUAUUGUUUUCCAAAAUUCUGACGUUCAAACAAAUGAUUUUAAACAAAUUGUCAUUCAAAACUUAAAAUACCUGAGAUUAAGUUUUUAUUAAACACAUCUAUAGUCAGUAGAACACAGUUCAUCACAAUAAACAUAACUUUUAUACAUGAUUAUUGUAUUGUAUUGUGAUAUUGAAAUAUAUAAUUACAAUUUUUUUAUAUUAUUUUAUCAAUUAAUAUUGACCAAAUCGCCCAGCCCUAUGUUCAUGUAUGGAUUGCUGAAUGGGCCUACGGGGCACAGGCCCAAAGGCCCAAUAUGUCAGGGCCUCCCCCUGGCCUUCACCUGCAAAAUGUCACUCAAAUUAACACGUAACAACCAGGAUGAGACUCAAAAUGAC